GUGGUGGAACCGGUUCACCUCUGACCCUUGACCUGGAUGUGCUUGGAGUCGGCACGAGGAUGGACGGAAUGAAGAAGAUGGCCAGCAGAAGGAAGACAUUGCAGAGCAGGGUUUCUCUGAGCUCAUCGGAACAGGAGGCACAGCUGGACAAAGAGCCAAAAACGCAGCCAAAGUCACAGCAGCCUCGUAUCGACUCCUUGCGAAGAUUUCCACUCAGGCGGAGUACGUCCAAGAAAGUGGAAGCGUUUCUUCAGUGUCUUCAGACUCCCAGCCAACCAGCAAGGCGCAGUAAUCAAGUUCCCGUAUCGUUGUCAGCUUCGAAAAUGCGAGAGGUCUCGUCAGAGAAAGGCCCGAGGGGUUCACCAGGAGCCAGAAUUACGCAGGUCACCGACUGGAAGGAUUUCGUUUGCAAAAGGCUCUUCCAGGGAGAAGGGAAUAAGGAUGAAAACCCAGAACCAAAGGAACGUGAAGAACUCUCCGAGGUUGGGCCUGAUAAAAUCCCGAGUACCGAAUCUGGGGCGGUGAAGGUCUCCGAGAAGACAAGUCUGAGGGAGUCCCAAUCUGACAUAGGAUCAGUGAAAACGCCACAGAAGAGAGACCGUAAUGGUCGCUGGCUGCCGAAGGUUACCUCUGCCAGAGCUUCGUCCACGAAAGGUGAAAAGGAUAGAAAUCCCAAAGGCAGUGAUGUGAAGUGCAAAGCGAAUGAAAAGAGCUCAUUAGUAAAGCAAACUGAAGAGCCAGAUACAGAAUUAGAAAGGAUGAAGGGGCAACAAAGCUGUGUUCAAAGGAGAUCAUUGCGCCUCGCCAAAUUGCGUGCCAAUACAGAGAAGGCAUGCUCACUAGACCACAUUGAACAGCAUCGCCUUGGAUCCAAUAGCAUUAAAACAGGGGAAAGCGUGGACACGGGAUGCAAGCCCGAUGUGUCUGAGUCAAGUGAGAUGCAGCAGGCGCCAGACGGUCACAGCGGAGAUGAGGAGGGGCUUGAAACCAGGAAGGGUACACAAGCAGUUGUGGAAAUGGACAAUGAAGAGGGUCAAAUUUUGGAGCAAUCGUCCUGUGAUACUGGCUCUUUUCCCGAGCCAGGGUGUUUGUCGGUCCAGGACACAUGUAGAAGUUCAGCACAAAGUAACAAUGACACAGCACAGGAGCAGGAUGUUGGGAUUAUGACACCUAAAGUCAGCUUUGACAACAAGCAAGUGCAGACGGUGACUUCGAAGUUUGUUGUAAUGACUCCAAAGACUGAAGGCCUAGAUAUGCAGGGUCAAAUUUUGGAGCAAUCGUCCUGUGAUACUGGCUCUUUUCCCGAGCCAGGGUGUUUGUCGGUCCAGGACACAUGUAGAAGUUCAGCACACAGUAACAACGACACAGCACAGGAGCAGGAUGUUGGGAUUAUGCCACUUAACGUCAGCUUUGACGACAAGGAAGUGCAGACGGUGACUUCGAAGUUUGUUGUAAUGACUCCAAAGACUGAAGGCCUAGAUAUGCAGUUUGUGGAAGGGCCCUCUCCAAAGGAAUGGCGGGUGGAUGCCAUUAAAGAAAGUCCUCCAUUCGAGCAAGCCUAUGGGAAUCUUGGGAAUGGAACGGAAUUUGGAGCUGUGGAGAUCGAGGAAGACGCCAGUGCAGAAGGUCAGAGAGUGGGUGAAGGAAGCACAAGGGAAGUGAUGAGGAGGAAACCGGAAAGCGAUGAGAGUUCUGGAGAUAGCCUUGAUGUUCAGACUGAUCUUAACCUAAAGGCGGAGAUACCAGAAGCCAGUGAGGAAGUUAAAGGAGUGAUUGGCCAGGAGGAGGCGGCAACUGCUAACUUGCAUCAGGGAGCCGAAGCUCAGCAGAUGGCAAAAUGGAAGGAGACCCCCAAAUCAGCGCUGCAGCUGGUUGUGAGCAACCUGAACUCUUCGAAGAAUUUUGCCGAGCUGCAGAUUGCUGUGAUCACAUUCUUCAUGGAGAGAAAGCUGUUGAUCACAUCCAUCGGCAUGAAGAAAUCGAGAAAACGUGGCAUCGUGACCUUCCUGUCUGGUAAGGAUGCAAGCCAAGCACUGAAGUACAACGGUGAAGAGUUGCUCGGCCGAGCUCUGCGGAUGCGUAGACCCCUGCAGAUUCUGAGACCGGUAGCAAUUGUCAAGGGAAGGAAACGAAAGCUGAAGGAUGCUGACGGGGAAUCCUCGAUUCCGGCAAAGAAGAAGAAUGUUCAGAAAGCAACCAUAUUGACUAAGAAAAACAAGAAGAAGCCAGAGUUACUGAUUAAAAGGAGGAAGAAAAAACAAGAAAAAAAAGCUGAGAAAGCAUCGGCAAGUCAGAAGAUGAAGAAAAGACAUUGGGAGAUAACUGCUUCAACUGAGAAACAUGGAGAAGGCGACACAGAAACCUCGCUUCGGCAGCUGAAGAAACGGAGACGCGGCAAGUUAGCUUCAAGUGAGGGACGCAAAGGCGACGAGCUGCAGGACAAGUUGUUUGAGAAGGAAAAGAAGCAAAGUACAGAAAAACCUGCUUUUAGUGAAAGAACCGACGGGAAAGCUGCUUCUCUGCCUCAGAAGAAGAAGAAAAAGAAAAGGAAAAAUGCUGAGAAGAAAGUUUUCUUAAGCGACAAGGGAGCAGAGCGGGUGAAGGAGAAGGUUGCCUCUGUGCUGCAAAAGAAAAAGAACGAAAGUAAGAAGAAACUGACUUCAAGCGAGAAAACAGCAGUGAAGGAGCACGCCACCCGUGUAAAGACGAAGAAGCGUAAAAAGACGCAAGAGAAAACUUCCUGGUGUCUCUACAUCCAGAAGUUGAGGUCCCAGAAUUCACCUUGCAAGCUGAAGGCAGCCAUUGGCGAUUUUCUAAGUGCGAGGUCGGUCCCCUACAAAGAGAUCCAGUUGAAUCCUGACAGCUGCUCCGCCUGUGUUGAACUGAACCGUGAGGGCGAUCUGAAUGAAGCUCUGCAGCUUGACACGUGCAACAUUCUCGGACAAGUAGCAAGAUUAAGCAAGGUGGAGAAACUGGGAGCGCUGGACGGCAGAAUCGACUCUCGGACACUCCGUGUGAAAACCCUUCCAAGGGACGUCUGUGCCAAGGACCUUAAGCGUUUAUUUGAGAAAGUUGCUGGUGUUUGGAUAUGUCAGAACGUCAACGAAAGGUUUGGACUUGUCAUGUUUGAGACAGAGAAAGACACAGCUAACGCACUAAGUAAUGGUGAAAUAAAAUGCAGAGGAAACCUGCUCCGACUGGACCGUGCAUAUCCAGUAAAACAAAAGAAAAGGAAAAUUCUUAAGAUAAAAAACCUGCCUUACCCAAUCAGUAAAAAGCAUCUAAAGUCUAUACUUUAUAAUGCUGAGGAUAUCCACCUGUCAAAAAGCAACCAGUCACAAGGAGUUGCCUACGUGGAAUACAAGACCACGAAACAAGCCAAAUUUGCUCUGAAGGACUUCCGAGGCAGAGGUGUUCCAGGCCAGGUGGUUCGAGUGGCUUCGAUAGAGGAAGGGCAGGAGAGCCCAGAGAGCCACUCUGACGGGUCAGGCUCCACCAGAUCCCUGUUGGUAUGGCGCCUGUCCAAACGGACAACGGUCGAAAUGUUGAAAUCAAUCUUCAAGGGGGCCGUGGGUGCCAGGAUACCACAGACGAAGGGACGACGGUUUGCCUUUGUGGACUUUAAGACGGUGGAGGAAGCAACGAGGGCCAGGGCGCAGUUCCAAAAUGCGGAGAUAGAUGGCCAGCAAAUGAAGCUAUUCUUUGCCAAAUCUGCACAGUGAGGGGAAGAGGCCGGCGUGUGAUCUGGUCACCGAUGAUGCGUCUUCCAUCUCAGGAUCACAGACCUACGAGGAAAGCCAGCAAGCAAGCAAAACAUUCUCACACCUGUUUCCAAAACCAAAUAGUUCAGUUCUGUUGAUGGAGCUGGGAACCAGUGGCUCUUGCAAUGCUCUGGCAGUCUGACUUUUUUUUUCUCUCUUCAAGAUGUAACCUGAAAUUAUUCACCUGUACCUGCUGGUAAUUUGGCCUGUUCCCUGUUGUUGCUUUUCUUUUCUCUCAGGGUUUGCCUGUGGUCCCCGGGUUGACCCUGACAACUGUGAGGCCUGGCUGUGUCUUGCACUGACCAUUAGGGAGCAGCAGAUGACCGCGUCAAACAGGGUUUCUUUGGGGAGGUGAAACCAGUUGCUGCUAGAAAAGCUCAGCUGGUCUGAGCCUCAGAACUUCUGAGGAGGAGUCACUGGACCCCAAACUCUGAUUUCUCUCCACACGUGCCACCAGCCCUGCCAAGCCUUUUCAGCAGUUUCUUUUUUUGUUUCUGAUCUCCAGCAUCCACUGUUCUUUUCGGUUUUGAUGAAGGAGAUCGUAAUUGGACAGAGAGCAAGCUGUGUCAAUGCGUUGCCAUUUUGUGCAGAUUUGUCUUGGUGCAGGCAAUGGAUAUGACAUUUUCAACAGGGUACUGUCCAGUGGAAGCGUUGGUUGAAAGUAUGGGAUUUUAGUGUAGACACAGCGUGACCUUACGAUGCCGCAUUCAGGAACGGUUGAGAUUUCAGCUGAGCCUUGAGUCUGCCGUCUUUCUCCCCACUCCCCUGUAUCAUCUGAGGCUGAGGAGGCAGAAUUCCCCCUCCCACAAAAUUAAUCCUUAAAACUUGGAGAUGGGAGUUGAAGACGCGAAAUAUUUCAGUUUCUUUCAGGAACAUAAAAGCAGGAAUUGCCAGAAAGCUCAGUGGGUAUGGCAGCAUCUUAGAUGAGAUUACUAGAUUAGUGAUCGGAGUUAACAUUUCAGGAUCCAGUGACCCUUCCUCAGAACUCAAGCCAGAAUGUUAAUUCUGAUUUCUCUCCUCAGAUGCUGUCAGACCCGUUGAGCUUUUCCAGCAGUUUCCAUAUCUGUUUCUGAUUUUAGCACCUCCCAGUUUUUCCUUCAGCUGCAGCCAGACUGUGCUUUUACUUAGUGUUGAUUUCAGUUUUAAACUCUGAACUGUGUGUCAGGAACCAAAUAAAAAGACGCAGGGGCAAUUUUAACCUUUUCUUUAGUUUACACGUUCAGUGAAUGUGGGUGUUGCUGCGUAGGCUGGGGUUUCUUGCUUAGAGGGCGACUGAGAGUCAACCACAUGGGCUGGAGGUCUGGGGUCACAUGUAGGCAAGACUGGGUAAGGACGGCGGAUGUCACUUCCCUGAAGUAGAUGGGCUUUCUGGGGAGAGUUAAC